GAUUUAAACAGGAAGUGGGCGUGGUUUAUACCAGAGGAUUUUGCAUAUGAACCCUAUCACUAUGCCCUGAAAAACAGUGAAAAAUAAAAACAUUUUUCAUUCACAAAUUAUAACAUUUAUGCAUUUAUUGUUUAUUAAUUUAUUUACUUAUUGGGGUAUGCUAAUUAUAUAACUUUAUUUAACUCUUGAACCAGAUGUCCUCUGGAACUUUCUGGAAAGCUUUCUAUCUUCUAUCUGAUGUGACUGAGUAAAAAAAAUCUAACUAUGUUUCAAAACAACAUUUUUCCCAAAUCAAAAAACUGUUAUUUACUGUUGACAAGAACAGCCACCUAAUAAUAUCUGAUCAGAUUUAAUUUAGCUUUUGAGUUUGUUACAUUCCAGAAAGAUCAGAAAAGUUCACUGGACACGCUAUCAGAAUCUGUUAUAAAACUGGAGAUGGUACCGGCUCCAUGAGGACAGAUAACAUCAGAGAAAUUGGCUUAUUGACCUCACUGUAAAGUACCACUAGUACUGGCAUGUUAUUAACUGGUAGUGUCCAGUUCUAUAAUUCUUUAUUUUCUGUAAUGAAAUGCACUAUAUCUGCAGUGUUGGUUGUAGAAACCUGAACACAGAUCAGAGUGUAGUGUUUGUAGGCUGCUCGCUCUCACAUGUGUGUGUUAUAUACAUGACCUAAUGGUCUUAUAAUAAAUUGUAGCUGAGAGAUUGUGGAGUGCAGAAAGACGUCCCUGCUCCUGUAAAUGUGCUGAUGUGGUGUCCUGUCCUCUGAUUUCUGUGUGUGCGAGAAACACACUGACAUUUCUGUUAUGUUCAACUUUAGCUGUAUUAUGGCUGUGUUUGUGUGUUUGAGAUCAGUGUUCUGAUAUUUCAUCAGUUCUCUUCCAGGCUGCGUGAGUGUAAUAUGACAGAGGAAAGCUGUAGAGUUCUGUCCUCAGUUCUCAGCUCAAACUCCUCCAGUCUGAGAGAACUGAACCUGAGUUACAAUAAACUGCAGGAUUCAGGGGUGAAGCUGCUCUCUGCUGGACUGGAGAUACUGAGGAUGUGGGACUGCAGUAUUACAGAUGAAGGGUGUGCUGCUCUGGCUUCAGCUCUGAGGUCAAACUCCUCAUCACACCUGAGAGAACUGGAUCUGAACUAUAAUAAUCCAGGAGAAUCAGGAGUGAAGCUGCUCUCUGAUCUACUGAAGGAUCCACACUGUAAACUGGAGACACUACACAUUAAGGAUCGUAAACUCACCAGUACUGGCAUAUGACAGGAGUCUCAGCUCAAACCUCUUUUCCAGGAUAAAGCAGUUUUGGUGAAGCGUUAGAACCUGUCCCACAUUUCCAGCAGUUUGGGAGCUGAAUCAUUCAUAUUCACAUGUAGAAGUUCCAUAACAAUAACCGUGACUGAUCACAUCCUUUUAUCCACUCAGCUACAAGUUACUUCAGGCUUUAAUAACAUAUUUUACAAUCCAAAGACAAAUCCUUCAGUGUCUACACACAACACAGAGAUAUCAUCACAUCAUCACACUGAUUACACAAAUACACAUCAAUGUGUUGUAGCUGUUUAUAGCUUAUUUUUAGCUCCACAUUUUUAUCUAUUUUUAAUGUGUUUCUGCUCAACAUGGAUUCAUUCAGUUUGUUGUAACAUGACAGUGAAUUUUUUUCUCCACAGAGUAUAGUCGUAAUUUAAUCCAUUUUUCCCAAUUUUUUUUUGUCAAACUUCUGUUCCUUGUUUGCUAAUGUGAUUUUUAAAGCACAAUUCUGGCAUAAAACUAGAAUUUAAUAUUAUUUGUCAUGA